AUGGUGUUUGUGGGUUCAAGUCUGACACAGUUUCGAAAAAAGUCUAUCGAGGCGCAAUUCGCAGUAGCUGCCAUUACGAGUGACAUCACACAGUUCAACACGGUAGUAGCAGCGAUUGAGUCAAGUGUUAUCGCCGAUGUAAGUGAUGCAGUGCUUCAUCCUCCUGAAACUGGAAGACACGCUAAUUUAAAGGCUUGCAUCAUAGAGCGGUACAGUGAGAGCGAGCAGCGGAAGAUUCAACGGUUGUUGUCAGAAGUUGAACUUGGUGAUAGACGCCCAACACAGUUGCUAACGGAGUUGACAGCGUUAGCUAAAGACAAGGUGAGCGAUGAGUUCCUUAAGUCUCUUUGGCUGAAGCGUUUGCCACCACAAGUGCGCGCUAUUCUGCAGGCAUCGAACGUGGCACUAGCAGAACUGGCGAAAUUAGCAGACCGUAUUUGCGAGGCGGGUGAUUUUCAACAGAUAGCUGUAGCGUCAGCCUCUGAUUGUCCAGCCUAUUCUGAGAAUGCUGUGAUUUUACGAAGGCUUGAGCAAAUCGAACAGCGUCUGAGUCGUUUGGAUUUACGUCGUAGUGAGUCGGUGCAAAGUCGAUCGUCAUCGAGGAGACGUAGGCGAACUCGUUCCCGACCAGGAAGUCCAUCCAGAUUGGUGCUGGUAUCACGAAAGGUUUGGUGA